UGCAGCCUUCACCCUCAAGUCUCUGUAUAUAGAAGAAAAUCACACAUUCAUAUAGACAUAUAGUAAUAUAUAACCUCACUGAUUUGCUUUCUGAGUCGCCGGAAAAAAAGAUUCCGACGAGCUCGGCAGCAAUUCUAUCGAUUAGACAAUCAAUUUAGCAAAAAAAAGCAUCAAGAUUUGAUUUUGAUCUAGUUAUUUCGACUAAUGGCAAAGGGCAGAAAAUUGACGAGCAGCCGCAGCGAGAUGUUUCUCGGAAGCUUCUGCUACGAUCAGGGCGGCGCAGCCACCAACGGUUCAUCGGAAUUAGAAGAAGACGAGGUUUGGUCAAUGAUCGACGACGCGAUCAGCUCGGAAAAUCACUCCUCCGGCGACGCGUGGAGCUCACGCGCCGGUGGUGGCCGCUACACGCGCCACCACGCGCCGCCUCGCACCGGCGGCCGACUGGUUGGCGGCUUGUCAUUGGCCUUUGACGGAGUGAGCAACGGAUCUUCGCCGAGCAUUGUGCACCAAAUCAGGGCGAGGGAGGGCAUGGGGGAAUCUCCACGUGGGUGCCACGUGGCGGCGUCGGCCCCGGUCAAUGUGCCGGAUUGGUCGAAGAUAUACCGGGUCGACUCGGUCGAGUCGCUGCAUGACUCGGACGAUGGGUUGAUUGAUGACUCGGAAGUUGUCCCGCCACAUGAGUAUCUUGCUCGUCAGUAUGCGAGUAGCCGAAAAACGGCGGCCAACUCGGUGUUCGAGGGCGUGGGCCGAACGCUCAAGGGGCGGGAUCUGAGCCGGGUUCGAGAUGCAGUGUGGAGUCAAACUGGGUUCGAUGGUUAAUUAGUAAGGAUUUAUUAUAGUUUGUGUGAGUUUUUAAUAUUCAAUAGUACUUUUUUCUGAUAAAAUUGUUCUCAUUACUCAACAAAAAUUGUCGAGUAUUACGUUUAA